CUGUGAAUUGACAAGUAGGGCCGUGGCCAAGUUUUUCGGCUAAGAUGUCACUUCCGUACACAGAUUUUCUCCCCCGGAAGUGGGGCCUGAUGUAAACACAAGGGCCGAGCGCCGAAGCACAGAAGGUCAGCAAACCCGGCAGCGCGGACUGCACCGACUGUUGGGUCCGGGUCCAGGAGUUCAGUCUAGAAAAGAAACUAGGAGUAGAGAAGAGAAAAAAAUCACUUGGGGACAGAAGUUCAAGGACUUGAAGGGAACACUUCAGGACUCUUCCAGGAAAGAAGUCUGAACCAUGACUCAGCAGCCACUUCGAGGGGUCACCAGCUUACGUUUCAACCAAGACCAAAGCUGCUUUUGCUGUGCUAUGGAGACAGGUGUGCGCAUCUACAAUGUGGAGCCAUUGAUGGAGAAGGGGCAUCUGGACCACGAGCAGGUGGGCAGCAUGGGCCUGGUAGAGAUGCUGCACCGCUCCAACCUGCUGGCCCUGGUGGGCGGUGGUAGCAGUCCCAAGUUCUCAGAGAUCUCAGCAGUGCUGAUCUGGGAUGAUGCCCGGGAAGGCAAAGACUCCAAGGACAAAUUGGUACUGGAAUUCACCUUCACCAAACAAGUGUUGGCUGUGCGCAUGCGCCAUGACAAGAUCGUGAUCGUGCUGAGGAACCGAAUCUAUGUGUACUCCUUCCCUGACAAUCCCCGAAAGCUGUUUGAGUUUGACACCCGCGACAACCCCAAGGGGCUCUGUGAUCUCUGUCCCAGUCUGGAGAAGCAGCUGCUUGUGUUUCCAGGACACAAGUGCGGAAGUCUACAACUUGUGGACCUGGCAAGCACAAAGCCUGGCACCUCAUCUGCUCCAUUCACCAUCAAUGCACAUCAGAGUGAUGUUGCCUGUGUGUCUCUAAACCAGUCAGGCACUGUAGUGGCCUCUGCUUCCCAGAAAGGAACCCUUAUUCGCCUUUUCGACACCCAAUCCAAGGAGAAACUUGUAGAACUGCGCCGAGGCACUGACCCUGCCACUCUAUAUUGCAUCAACUUCAGCCAUGACUCCUCCUUCCUCUGCGCUUCCAGUGAUAAGGGCACUGUGCAUAUCUUUGCUCUCAAGGAUACUCGGCUCAAUCGCCGCUCUGCGCUGGCUCGUGUGGGCAAGGUGGGGCCUAUGAUUGGGCAAUACGUGGACUCUCAGUGGAGCCUGGCGAGCUUCACUGUCCCUGCUGAGUCAGCUUGCAUCUGUGCCUUUGGUCGCAAUACUUCCAAGAACGUCAACUCUGUUAUUGCCAUCUGCGUAGAUGGAACCUUCCACAAAUAUGUCUUCACUCCUGAUGGGAACUGCAACAGAGAGGCUUUCGACGUGUACCUUGACAUCUGUGAUGAUGAUGACUUUUAAGAACUUUGGUCAAUCCCCGGUACCGAAAAAAAAAGAAAAGAAAAAUUGGGGGUCUGUGCUAGGAACUUACAGUCACAGACUGCAGAGUUGAGCCUUGGGUAUGGAGAAGUGCUGUGGAAGUCACCAACCAGAAAGCAUUAAUGAGGCUUGAGCCCACUUUCCACUCAGGAAAGCUUUGUCUAAACCAAUAGCUUGCGUCCCUCAAGCACUUGAUUAUUGUAUGCUGGAAGAGCCAGGCCAGUGAUCCAGGCAGGUAGCAGAUCCCUGGCACUCCUAUCCUGGAAAAAGACAGCCAAGUAGCCAGAGAAAGUGUCCUAAUCCUACCUUGAGAUUUAAAAAAGCUUACCAGAGAUGAAUUCUGAUAUGAUGAAUUAUGAAUAAAAGGUCCCUAAUGGCA